CGCAUUCCACUUCUGUGUGGCUUCGUGUUCGUGGUGGCUCUUGGCUAUGUUUUUGAGCACUGUUGUCUUGGAAUGGGACGUGUGGUGGCAGCCCCCUUCAUAGCCAAAGAGUAUGGGAACCGCUGUUUGUAAAGUAGCUCUUCGCAAGUUUUGUCUAGCGCUUUAACACUAUGCAGCCCUAGUGGUGACCGGGCACCCUGGAAAGUCUGGGAAGAAGGCAAUGUAAUAAAACCGAGUCCGAGGCGAGAUCAUGGCGGCACCACUCGCGCGGGACACUUUACCUGAUCAAUGGUCUUACGGAGUUUGUCGAGAUGGUCGGGUUUUCUUUAUUAACGAUAAAACUCGUAGUACUACUUGGCUACAUCCUCGGACGGCUGAACCUGUCAACUCAGGACACAUGAUAAGAUCAGAUUUACCAAGAGGAUGGGAGGAAGGCUUCACGGACGAAGGGGCGAGCUACUUCAUCAACCACAACCAGAGGAGUACAUCAUUCCGACACCCUGUGACCGGUCAGAUAUCUCCUGAAAACACAGAGUACACACUGCAGGACAGGAUAGAAUCCCGCAUGUCCAAGCAACUGGCCAAUCAGAGGACCCCCAGUGUGGUCAGCCAGUCCUCCACGGGUGUCCCGUCAACGGCAGUGGACACCACCCCGGGGUCCAGGGUGCAGAACCUCAGGGCCUCCGGGAAAGUCCACAGCUUUGGCAAGCGGGACCAUGCCAUCAAACGCAACCUCAACGUCCCGGUGGUGGUGAGGGGCUGGCUCUACAAACAGGACAGCUCUGGAAUGCGGCUUUGGAAACGGAAGUGGUUUGUUUUGUCUGACUUCUGCCUGUUUUAUUACAAAGAUAGUCGAGAAGAGACGGUGCUUGGUAGCAUACCCCUACCCAGUUAUGUCAUCACUCCAGUGGAUCCUGAUGAUCACAUAAGCCGGAAAUACGCAUUCAAGGCCAGCCACACAGGAAUGCGCUCUUACAUUUACAAUAAGAACUCUGUGAUUGGCUCGCAGGCGGAACACUGCGGGAUGCGAACGUACUUCUUCAGCGCCGACACUCAGGAGGACCUGAACGGCUGGAUACGGGCCAUGAAUCAGGCCGCACGCAUGCAGCAGAGCCACACGGUCAAAAGAGAGCUGGAGAGGCCUGAGAAGGCAGUGGUGGUACAGCAGCAAGCCGUCCCCCAGAGCCAUCACUCCGGAGGUGGGAAGCAGACGCCCGGACAGAGGGACGCCCCCCACCGAGCCCAGAGGGAGGAGCCCCAGGAUAACGGCGUCCGAUUGGCCCCCGGCGAGGAGGUUCGGUACGGCCUGGAGAUCCACGGGAGGCCCCCCCAGCCCGCCACCGGGGAGGAGGGGAGGGUCGACGGCCGCUCGCCCGACCCGGGCCCCGGCCCCGGCCCCAGGAACGGCCACCUGACCGUGGCCCAUGUGUCGCUGCCCUCGGAGGCCAACGGGAACGCCGGGUACAAGCGGGCCCCGGGCCCCCGGAUGAGCACGGAGAAGGAGGUGCAGAGGAAGACGGCCCUGGCCCAGGUGGAGCACUGGGUCAAAGUUCAGAAAGGGGACCCCCCCAUGAGCGCGCCGUCGGCCGAGUACCACCUCCCCCGCCGGACCCCGCCCACCAAGCCCAAAGCCAACGGCGGCGCGGCGGACCCCUCCCUCCCCUCCCUCCCCUCCCCCUCCUACCUCUCCUUGCCCAAGGGCGCGGCCCACCUCCCGCCCAGCGCCAGCUCCCCGCCGGCGGCCAGCAAGCUGACCAGCGACUACAAGUACGCCCACGACCGCCUCAGCCACUUCUGCAUGUCCACGGACGAGCGCACGGCCACCAAGGAGGGCAUGGUGUGGCAGCUGUACGAGUGGCAGCAGCGGCAGCAGUUCCGCCACGGCAGCCCCACCGCGCCCAUCUACACCCCGGGCCCGGGCUUCCUGGACGCCUCGGCCUUCCGCGUCACCGUGGAGAUGCCCCGCUCCAUCUCGGUGCCCCCGUCGCCCUCGGACCUGCAGCCGCCGCCGCCGCGCGUGCCCGCCUCCUUCAAGCCCCUGUCGCCCCGCCGGCCCCACACCCCGCUGGGCCGCGUGACGGUGAAGCCCCUGGACGACGGGGCGGUGGCGCCCCCUCCUGGGGACAGCACAAUGUCCCACUCGCCCAGGAGCGUCUGUGCGCCGCUCUCUCAGAUGGAAAGAAGGUCGAUGCCAGCCAUGGGAUACAUCACACACACCGUCAGUGCUCCGAGCUUGCACGGCAAAACGCCAGAGGAGCUGACCCUGCUCCUCAUACAGCUCCGGAGGCACCAGGCCAAGAUGGCUGGUGUUCUUAGCCCCGCUGAUGAUUUUGCCCCACUGCCACCCCUCCAGCAGAACGGCCUCCUGGGCCCCAGCCUUCAGGCUGACGACACAUACAUUCAACUGAAGAAGGACCUGGACUAUCUAGAUCUGAAGAUCCAAAAUAUUGACCCGAUGAUUGUUUCAGUACACAGUGUGCUUGAAAACUCCACUCCGGGUUUUGGGUACAGUUGGAAUGUGACUGGACGUGAAAGCCUGAAGGAAAGAGCAUUGAAACCCGUCAAAAUAGCAGAAAGUGAUGCUGAUGUGAAACUGAGUAGGCUGUGUGAGCAGGACAAGAUCCUUCAGGAACUAGAAGUAACGAUACGCGCUUUGAAGGAAGACAAGGACAAGUUGGAGUCGGUGCUGGACAUCUCCCACCAGCAGAUGGAGCAGUAUCAGGACCAGCCAGCCCACGCUGAGAAGAUCGCCUACCAGCAGAGGUUACUGCAGGAGGACGUGGUGCACAUCCGCGCCGACAUCUCCCAGGUGUCCACGGAGAUGGAGAACGCCUGGGGGGAGUACAGCCGUCUGGAGGGCGAUGUGGACUGGCUCCGCUCAGCCUUGCAGGCCCAGAUGAACCGCAAUGACAUCUCUCAGCAGGAGAAGGCUGAGCUGAGGAAGGAGCUCUGGAGGAUGGAAGACGUGAUGGCGGGCCUGAGCUCCAGCAAGGCCAACUACAAGGUCACCCUCUCCUCUGUGACCAACCCAGGUGAGAGGAGUGCAGUGUCCGCCAACCCGACCCACACGCACUGGGACCCACAGAGAGAGAGGAAAUUUGUGCCUUCCGUUUCGGCGUCAGCAGUGCCUUCUGGGUGUGGUAGUCCGUCCGCUGUGGAGAUGAGGCAACAGCAGCAGCAACAACAUAGCCCCCACCUCAGUCCCACGAGCCCAAGCCCCAGACCCGGGCAACAGCCCCUGCUUCACCCCACCGCGCCCAUCUCCACCAGGCUAAUAUGGGGUGAGGAAGAUGCCCCACCCAGACCCCCCCUACCUCAGCUCUACAGUCCAGAUGAGCACCCCCCCGCUGUGCCCCCGUUGCCCAGGGAGACCAACGUCAUCAGACACACAUCUGUACGAGGCCUCAAGAGACAGUCAGACGAACGCAAGAGAGACCGAGAGACCGGCCAGUUCACCAAUGGAGACGGCAGGUUGGAGAUUAGGUGCUUCCUCAGUGAGCCUGAGCUUCUGGGAAUUGGAGGCAAUAGCAGCCACAUUGGGACUACAACAUUAGCUCGAGACGGAGGUUACCAGACCUUACCUAGCAGAGGAAUGUCCGGCUCUUCUUCUAUGGUGAAUCAGUCCUCCAACAUCUCUUCCUACGUGACCAUCAGACGGGCGGCCUCUGCUGUAGGCUGGGCGGAGAGACCAAAGAGUGCCUUGGAGCGUCUGUACUCCGGGGAGCCGGCGCUGCAGCAGCAUCAGCAGCAGCUCCGGGGCAAGAUGAGUGCCGACGAGCAGCUGGAGAGGAUGAAGAGGCACCAGAAGGCGCUGGUCCGCCAGCGCAAACGCACCCUGAGUCAUGGGGACGCGCGUGCACACGGGUCGGCGUCCCGCGCCGCCGCCUCCUCCUCGGCGUCCACGCAGCGGCCGCUCUCAGCGGACCUGGGCUCUUGGAGGAGAGAGCAGGAAUUUGACCUGCAGCUGCUGGAGCGGGCGGUGCAGGGCGAGGAGGCGCGCGGGGAGGAGGCGCGCGGCGAGGAGGCGUGCGGCGAGGAGGAGUGGGAGCCCGAGCGGCGCAGCGUCCAGGGAGAGGAGGGACGCCCUGAGGAGCACCAGGAGAGACCCCGCUCCCGGUCCGACGAGUGGCUGACCUUCAGGGCCCCCGAGCCCCUCGCCACAGCCGGCACACCCCCCCACCGGCUGGAGCCCCUGGAGUACGACCUGGACCUCAGCAAAGAGCUAUCCACGCCCCAGAAGGUGUUGAUCCCUGAGCGCUAUGUCGACUCUGAGCCGGAGGAGACUCUAAGUCCCCAGGAGGUGGAGGAGCGUCAUCGCAAGGUGGAGCGCAUCAAAAGCAUCCUUGCGAAGUCCAGUGUGCAGAAUCUGGCGCUGGCCGUGGCCAUGGAUAAGAAGCCCGAGGUAGGGGGUCUCGGGGGUCUGGACUCGGCCCUGCAGGAGCAGGAGAGGAUCAUCACCAUGUCGUAUGCACUGGCUUCCGAGGCGUCGCUUAAGAGCAAACAGGUCACAGUCCCGCAGCCGGCUAACCACCCACCUCCUCCGCCUCCUCCUCCUCUUCCCCCUCUCGCUCCUCCCGCUCCUCCCGUAUCUCAGGCGCCUCCCCCGCCGUUAAGCAACGGCAUUCACUACACGUUUGUCUAAUCAGAGAACUCCAAACUCAAGCUGUUUCUCGACAAUGAGGUGCUAUUCCAACCCGGGGGUCAUGAAGGAAAUAGCAUUUGUUUUGCUUGAUUGGGACAGUUGCAUUGGUACAUAGUAGAAGACAAGUAGAAACCAUUUAACCUGCGCGCUGUGGCUUAAGACGGCAUCCAGCAUUUCAGCUCAGCAGCGUCGCUCCCCCAGAAGUUUCAAAAAAGAGACCUGGAACACCACAAGGCUGCUGUUUCAUUCUGCGAAACAGUGAGGUGUCAAAACUAAUGUUAAUAACUCAUAACUAUUUUCUACAUGUUUUUGCACUUUGACCUGUACAUGAUACAAUCGAGAACAGUUCAAAUGGAUAUUUUCGAGAUAAGAAAAUGAAACACUUUUACUUGCGAUGUUAUAUCAGAUUGGAACCUUUUAUUUUCAGACAUGGAAUGCGUGAGAUACCAUCUUAUAGAAUGUAAAUAUAAGGUACAAAUGUAUAAUGCGGAUAGUAUUUUUUUCAAAACUAUGAUGACGUUCUUACUCCAAAUCACUUGAAAAUAUAUGAUGUGUGUCUACACUGCCAGUCUCUUAUUAGCUUGCCAAAAUGAACUUUUAUUUUUGCUUACAUCAGAAUGAAAAUAGCCUUUAACACAUUUUCGUCUGAGAGAAAGUGUUUGCACAAUGGGAAUUUAUAUAAAAAAUGUGAAUAUUAUUAAAUAUAUUAACACUAUUAAA